CCAGAUAACGACAGGGUGAGACCGGUAUAUCCUUCCCAUCUUGGCUGGACAUUCACAGAAAACACCUAAUAGAUCAUCAUCAUCAGUCAUCAUGGCUCAAGCUCUGGACAUCGAUCGCUGGAACCUGGAGUGUGAGUUCAACAACCUCGACCAUCGCACUGAUCUGAACGGUGUGGACCGGCUGAUCGUCAGGAGAGGCCAGCUGUUCACCCUCAGCCUGUACCUGCGCUCUGGAAGCUAUCAGCCAGGAUUCAGCUCGCUUGACAUUCUUGCAGAAACAGGUCCUCAUCCCUCUGAGCAGUAUGGCACCAGGGCCUCCUUCGGUUUGUCCGCCAACAUUGACACUUCCCGCUGGAGCGCCGCUGUCACCAGUCCUCCUGGAGACAUGGUGGCCCUGUCUGUCUGCUCUGCCCCCGACGCACCUAUUGGCCGCUACACCCUGACCCUGGGAGGAUCGGGGCGGAUCGAGUUCAUCCUGCUCUUUAACCCCUGGUGUCCAGGUGAUGCAGUGUACAUGGACAAUGAGCAGAGUUUGGCAGAAUACGUCUUGUCUCAAGAUGGAAUCAUCUUUCGAGGCGACUACAAACAUCCCAUUUCUACACCCUGGAACUUUGGCCAGUUUGAGAGUGGAAUCCUUGAUGUCUGUCUGAGGAUUCUGGAUAUGAAUCCUAAAUGUCUGAAUGAUCCUGGCAAAGACUGUUCAGGGAGGAGAAAUCCCAUCUAUGUGUCCAGAGUGCUGAGUGCUAUGGUGAAUUGUAAUGAUGACAGAGGGGUGUUGCUGGGAAAAUGGUUUGGUGGUUAUGAAGGAGGUGUGAGCCCCAUGUUCUGGAGGGGCAGUGUGGAGAUUCUCCGCAACUGGGACACACAAGCCUGUCAGCCUGUGCGCUACGGACAGUGCUGGGUGUUUGCUGCAGUGGCCUGCUCAAUUUCCAGAGCGCUUGGCAUUCCGUGUCGAGUCGUCACUAACUACCUAUCAGCCCACGACACCAACAGCAACCUGGUGAUCGAACGUUACAUCAACGAAAAUGGAGAACUCAUUCAGUCCAAAGAUAUGAUCUGGAAUUAUCACUGCUGGGUGGAGAACUGGAUGAUCAGGCCCGACCUUACAUCUGGUUUUAAUGGCUGGCAGGCCACUGACCCUACACCUCAGGAGAAAAGUGAAGGAGUGUACUGCUGUGGCCCCACUCCCGUCAGGGCCAUCAAGGAGGGAGAGCUCACGUUCAAGUACGACGCCCCAUUCGUCUUUGCGGAGGUCAACGCGGACGUCAUCACUUUCAAGAAGAAAAAAGAUGGCAGCACAUCGAACGUCACAACCACUACAGUGGUAGGCAAGAACAUUAGCACGAAGAGUGUGGGCAGUGACGCCAGAGAGGACAUCACUCAUCUUUACAAGUAUCCUGAAGGUUCUGAUGAAGAGCGGGGGGCUUUCAAGAAGGCCAACCACCAAAACAAGCUGCUCCAGAAGCCGCAGAAUCAGGGCCUACGCCUCACCAUCAAGGUGUCGUCGGACAUGAGGAAGGGCUGCGACUUUGACGUGUUUGCCGUGGUUACCAACGACACCCAAAGCAACAAGAAGUGCCGCUUGGUGCUUGGAUCCUGCGCCGUGUCCUACAAUGGGUUUCUGGGAGGGAACUGUGGCUUUAAAGAUCUGCUCAAUGUUGAGCUGUCACCAGGAGCAGAGAGACGGGUUCCACUCCGGUUGAACUACUCUAAGUACAGUGGCAAGCUCACUGAGGACAACUUAAUCCGUUUGGCGGCUCUGGUGUUGGACUACGCCACCGCAGAAACAAUACUGGCAGUGAAAAACAUUGUGCUGGACAACCCUGAAAUCAAAGUCAAAAUCAUAGGUGAACCAAAGAUGAAUCGUAAACUGGCUGCAGAAAUCACCCUCCACAAUCCGCUCCCGGAGACACUGGACAACUGCUGCUUCAGCAUUGAAGGGGCCAACCUUACCGGAGGCAGCGUCAUCAAUGAGAGGCUGGGCUCCUCCGUGGGACCAGGGGAAGAAGCGAAGGUGAAAAUUUACUUCACUCCCUCUCACUCCGGCCUGAGGAAGCUGGUGGUCGACUUUGACAGCAGCAAAUUGUGUCACGUCAAGGGCUACAGAAACGUCAUCAUCGGAAAAUAGAGCUUUGCAGCCUCUACGGCAGCAUUUUAGAAAUGUUUAUUUUUCAGCCAUUUCGCAAAGCAUGCUCUUUUGCACACUUUUCAAACAAACCAAGUUUUCUAUUCAAAUGAUUAAGAAUCUCACUGUAUUUCGCUGAGUACAUACUGUGCUUGUGCAUCUGUCUUUAUUCAGAGCCAUAGCUGCCUAAAUGUGACCAGAGGACAUUUUGUACUUCUUAUUAAGACUGUAAUUGUAAAUGUGCAUAAAGUUUUCAAGACAA